UCUGAAUCUUGCAGGCUUGCGCGAUCCCUUGCACCAGCUACAUACCGGUACUAAUAGUCUCAUAACGAGCUCCUCCACGUGUUUCUCUUUCCUGGUUGACAAGAAAGAUAGGUGCAUAGAUUGUUGCUAAGUAGAAGGGGCAAGCUGCAGCGCUCGCGUUCUUUUGACCAGUCCCAAUUGGCGAAAGCUGCUACUCACGUACAGAAGUCUUUCAGACACAGAAUUUCUGAAGUUACGAGCUCUAAGAAAAGUCCUAUUUACAGCAUAGAUCUGGUCAAUUGGUUCAGUGCUUUUGAAGAAGAUUGAAUAGAAUCAAGAUUUGAAAGUAGAAACAAAAAAAAAGCGACAAUGAGUGGUGCCACUGCUGAAGAGGAGGCUGCGGUCCUCGACCGCUUCCUAACCCGCUUGGCUUUGACAGAGGAGGAUAAGCUGGAAAAAGUCCUCAGCAAGCUGCUGCCGGUGGCCAUAAAGAAUCUGGCGUCACCCCAUGAAACCACCAAGAAGAAGGUUCUAGAGAUGCUGUCUCACAUCAAUAAGCGCGUGAAAGACCAGAAGCACAUCAAGCUACCACUCCAAGACUUGCUCGCACUCUACCGCGACCCCGGGUCCGUCAUGAUGGUCCGCAAUUUUGCCAUCGUGUACAUUGAGAUGGCGUUCGAACGUUCUCCGCGGGACGAGCAGCUGGCGGUCGUGCCGGGAAUCUUAGAGGGGAUUGCGGACCGGCCGGGGCAGCAUCAGGACAUCUUCUUUAGAAUGGUGGCAAAGGGGAUUGAGGAGUAUGGCUCCAAUCGGGGGAUCAUGGACGACAAGUUUGCCGAGAAGUACCCCUUCCGCAAGAACGACAGGGACCGGGCCCUGUUUCUGGAGUUUGCGCUGCAGCUGCUGCUGUUCCAGCCCCCCGGGAAGACUGAGGACGGCCAACCGACCGCCCCCCCCGGGCUCUCGUUGAAGCAGGCGGGGAGAGUCGCUGGGAAGGAGGCUCUGGCUGGGGAGACGCUGGGGGUGCUCAAGCUGGCGAUGCUCAACUUCCUGGGUGCGCUCGACCUUUCCCCUGCGGCGAUCUACCCCCACCUGCUAGUUGCGUCUGUCGACAGCCACUCCAAAGUCUCCCGUCGCGGCGACGAGCUGGUCAAGAAGCGGGCCGCGGGCGCAGACCUGGAAGACGCAGCGCUGAUGCGCAAGCUCUUCUCCAUCUUCCAAGGCACGUCGGUACAGAACGUCCCCGCGGAGCUGCGCGUGGCCCCCGCUAGCCCGACGCUCAAGGCGCGGCUCAUGCUGGUGUUCACGCGCUCCAUAGCGGCUGCCAACUGCUUUCCCGCCACGCUGCAAUGCGUCUUCGACUGCGUCUAUGGCGAGCACACAACGAUGCGGCUGAAGCAGGCGGGCAUGGAGUUCGCGGUGUGGAUCUUCAAGCACGCGUCGCCCGCGCAGCUGGCGCCCAUGGCCCCCGUCAUCCUGAAGGGGCUGACGAAGUUGCUCGCGGAGGGAGGGGCGGACCAGGGCGACGCGCAAGUCAAGCAGCUGCGCGCGUUCACCUACCAGGCGCUGGGGCAGCUCGCGCAUAGGGAACCCAAGCUCUUCAGGGGUGACGUUACGGUGGCCGCGCAGUUCUUCCAGGCUCUCAAAGAGGAGGGUCCCACUGUGCGCCCCACCGUGCAGGAAGCCUUGAGCACGCUCGCGACUGCCUACCAGGGGUGCGCUCCCGCCGUUGCAGAGCAGAUUGAGUCGCUACUGCUGGAGAACGUGGAGGCAGCGGACGACGGGGCGCGAUUUUGCGCGGUGCAAUGGGCCACCAAACUGUUCCCAUUCGGCCACGCGUCCAGCCGCUAUGUGUGCAUGCUGGGAGCGGGAGAUCACAAGCUGGAGGUCAGGGAGGUAGCCGAGAGCGGGUUGAAGCCCCCGAAGGGAGACGACAGUCUGCUGGAGUAUCCCCCCCUUGCCAGCAUCAUGGCCUUGAUUGCUAAGCGACGGCCGCGCCUCGUUCAACCGGUUUUAGAGGGGGAGAAAACGCUGUUACUAGAACCUAAGGCCUACAUAGCCGCACUCAAAUUUGUGAGAGCGUGUCGAAAGGCCGGAAACUCUGCCUCCUCUCCGGACCCGCUUCCGUCCGGCCCCUCUCCGGCGGAACUCUACCGCCUCGUUUUAGAACAUGCUCUCGCGCGUGACGGAACCGCCGAACUGCACGAAACCGCAACAAAUGGUCUUCUAGAAGUCGCUUCCACAAAUUCCGGCGAGUUUGCCAUAGCUUAUGCGCCUCGCCUCGGUCUCUUGCGUCAGCACCUGGGACAUACUUCCGUGACGGUCCGAGAAUCCGUUGCAAAGCUUAUCGGGAUUGUGGUCUCCGCUCUGGGACCCGACCGGGUUAAGGGUUUGUUAAGCGAGUUAACCGACCAGUUUGAGCCCGGGACAAAGGGGCGGUUUGAGGAUACGCACGGGGCGAUUGCGGCGGCAGGCUACAUAGUCGCGCAGUGUGUCACGGGGGUCCCUGACGUCAGCAGCCUGGUGGGUGACGUCACCAAACGGCUGGGAAAGGCGUUGCUCCUCCCAACGGCGGGGCUGGCCGCAGCGGCGGCCGAGGCGGUCGGGCAUAUCGGUCUGAGGGGGCCGCUUCUGCUGCCUGACGACCCCCCCGAAACGGGGGAAGCCGGAAAAGAAACUCCCGAAACGGGGAAAGCCAAAUCCGAAGAUGCUGACGUGGCAGUGACGAGGGGCGUGGUCUUGAAACGACUCGUGGGGCUACUUUCGGACAAGGACAUGAAGACCGUACAAGCGUCCGUUUUGGCGCUGGGGCAUCUGUGCCACGGAGACCGCAGCGCAGGGUUGGCGGAGACUGCGCUGAAGGGCUUAUUCACACUGCUGGGGUCGAAGCACGAGGACACGCUGUUUGCGGUGGGGGAGGCGCUGGCGUUCAUUUGGGGGGGCGUCCCGGUGACGGUGGACCAGAUUCUGAAGACGGACUUUGUUUCGCUGGUGGCGUCGAGUAACUUUUUGGCGGGGGACACGGAGGCGGGAGAAGUGGCCAUGACGGAAGCAGGCGGCGCCCCCGAGGAGGAGCUUGCGCGCACGUCCAUCGUGCAGCAGCUGUUCGACGAGGCGCUCUUCUCAUCGCGCAAGGACGUGCGGUGCGGCGGGUGCGUCGCUCUAGUUAGCCUCGUGAGCUACUGCGGGCGGCAGGCGCGCAUCCAGUCGAUGCUGCCAGACAUCCAGGAUGCGUUCUCGCACCUGCUGGGGGAUCCCCACGAGCUGACCCAGGAAAUGGCAUCCCGCGGCCUGAGCAUCGUCUACGAACUGGGCGACGCGGCCACGAAGGAAACGCUCGUCCAAGCUUUGGUGGGCACGCUUUCCGGCACCGCCAAGCGCAAGCGCGCGGUCAAAGUGACCGGGGAGUCGGAGGUGUUCCAGGAGGGGGCCCUGGGGGAGGCCCCUGGCGGGGGGGGCAUGAGCACGUACAAGGAGCUGUGCAGCAUCGCAAACGAGAUGGGGCAGCCGGACUUGAUCUACCGGUUCAUGGACCUGGCGAGACACCAGGCCGGGCUCGCGUCUCGCAAGGGCGCCGCUUUCGGCUUCGCGGGCAUCGCCAAAAAGGCCGGCGCAGCACUCGCUCCCCACACCGCCGCUCUAGUUCCCAAGCUGUACCGUAUGCAAUACGACCCGAGCCCGGGGAUGCGCGACGCGAUGGGCCACAUUUGGCGCGCUCUAGUUGCGGAGCCCAAAAAGGCGACCGAGGAGCACUUUGGUGCGAUCAUGGACGAUCUGCUGACGCAGCUCGGAUCGCGCAUGUGGAGGUCCCGCGAGGCGGCCGCGCUGGCGCUGUCGGACUUGCUGCAGGGGCGGCGCUGGGAGGAGGUUUCCAAGGUUUGGUAUUUAACACUUCGGGUUGUUGCAUCUGAGAUCAGAGAAGCGGCCGCGCUUGCGCUGUCGGACUUGCUGCAGGGGCGGCGCUGGGAGGAGGUGGGCUCCUACCUGGAACGCUGCUGGAGCAUGGGCUUCCGCGCCCUGGACGACAUCAAAGAGACGGUACGCACCGCCGCCACCACGCUGUGCCGCACGCUGACGUCCCUCUCGGCGCGCCUCUGCGACCCCGCCCUCACACCGGAGGCUGAUGCCAAGGCCGCGGUCGCGAUCGUCCUCCCCUUCCUCCUCACCACGGGCGUCCCAUCCUCCGUUACCGAAGUCCGCCGCCUCUCGUUGGCGACCGUUACCAAGCUCGUGAAACAAGCCACGCCGGCGGUCGUGCGGCCCCACGUGCCCGAUCUAGUUUUCCACAUGCUGGAAGGGCUCUCCAGUCUGGAGGACAGCCGAUUGAAUUACGUGCAACUUCACGCGGAGCGGAUGAACGGGCGCGCCGCGGAGCAGCUGGAAAGUGCGCGCGUGGCGGCGGCGCGGGACUCGCCGAUGUGGGCGACGCUCGAGCUGUGCCUGCGCCAGGUCGAUGCAGAGACCAUGGAGGCCUUGUCUCCGAAGCUGGUGCAGCUGAUCCGCUCCGGUGUGGGCCUUACGACGCGAGCCGGAGUAGCGCGCUUCAUCACAAUGCUCACAACGCGCACGAGCCCCGAGAUCGUGCGCCCCCACGCUGCCGCCCUCCUGAAGGCGCUCUUCUCCGUCGUCCGCACCGAAAAGUCCGCCGCCGUCCGCAAGGCGUGCGCGGCCGCGGCUGCGGGGGUCGCCAAACCCGCGGCGCCCGCGCGCUUCUCCAAGUUCGUGACGGACACGUGUCAGCUGUACGACGCGCCGGGUGACGUGGAGUCGCGGACGGCCAGCGGGCUGCUGCUGAGGGAACUGUCGCGGCAGGCCAACGAACAGCUGAAGGGGAUGUAUACGGAGGUUUUGCCGCUUGCGUUCGUGGGCAAGUAUGACGACGAGAAGGAGGUGCGCGCGCUAUUUGGGGAGGUGUGGGAAGAGAACACGAGCAGCGUCUCGACGUCGCUGCAGCUGUACCUACAAGAGAUCAUGGCGCGCAUUCUGCCCGGCCUCGCCUCUUCGUCCUGGUCCACCAAACAGCAGUGCGCGAAAGCCUCGGCUGCUCUCGCCGAGGGCAUUAAGGGCGACCUCGGCCCCAACGGCUCCACUCUUCUGGUCGCCCUCCUGGGGGAACUCCCGGGGCGGUUGUGGGACGGCAAGGAAGCCGUUUUGCACGCAAUCGGGGGAAUCUGCAAGGCUUGUUCGGAGACGAUUGUUUCGGGGGGUGGAAAGGAAAUCACGCCGGAAAAGAUUGUGGCGGCGGUCGUGGCGGCGGGGGGGCGCAAGAAGGGGAGCUUCAGGGAGGCAGCCUUUGAAUGCCUCGAGAAGGUGCUCCAAGCCUUCCAGAAAGAGGAUCUCUUUGCCCACGUGGCGACCCUACUGCUGGACGUCGCCUCCAGCGCUCCCCCGGCCCCCAAGAGCAACUAUGACGUCAGCGAGGGGGGCGCCAGCAAAGAGAACGAGGACGAGGCCGGCCCGGCACCGCCCCUUGCGCCAGCUCUGGGCUGCCUUGCUGCCGCUUGGGAGGGGGCUGCCCCUGCAACGGUCCAGGCGCGGGGGCCGGAAGUCGAGGCUACGCUGGUGACUGCUCUGAGCAGUGACCGUCCGUGGACUGUGCGCGUGGCGGCAUUGAAUGCGGCACGAACGUUUGUCAAAAAGGCGGCCGGAGGAUCGGGGGUCGAAGGCGAGGGUCAACUGAAGGCGCUGAUUGGAAAGGUGCUCGAGAACACGGAAGACCUCAAGUAUAGCCAGGUCCGGUCCAACGCGCUGGACUGUCUGGCAGACUUGCUGACGGUCAACGACCACGGGAGCGCGCUCUCUCGCGAUGUAUCUUCGCAAGUCAGGACGCGGCUAGAGAGCAUGGCUCUGGAGGACAAGAAUGCGACGCUGAGGGCCCAAGCUCUGCGGACGAUUGAGCUCUUCGAUCACGUGCCCAAUAAAGAGGACACUCAUGACCGGCCAGUUCCUAUGCAGAGUGAUUAAAUAGGACUGGAUUUGCAGGGGGAAGAACCUUGGUUCUUAUACUCGC